AUGGCCAUGGCGGCCGCGGCGGGGGCUCGGGCCGUGCGCUGCGCGCUCUGCCGGGCCGGCCCCAGGCGCUGGUACCGCACCGAGCGCGGCGUCUACGGCUACAAACCGCGGAAGGCGGCGGGCGGGCGGGCGGAGGAGCAGCGUGGCGCCGGCAGAGCAGUUGACCAUGCUCUUGCUCGUUUAAUAACUGCCUAUGCUGAACAUGGCCACAAAGCAGCCAAAAUAAACCCACUGUUUGCUGGCCGAGCUGUUAUGAACAUGGUACCUGAAAUCCAAGAGCUGGCUGAAGUUCUUCAGGGUCCUCUCAUUACUACAGGACUUAUAAACAUGGGAAAAGAGGAGGCUUCUGUAGAGGAUGUGAUGGCUUAUCUUGACCAUAUAUACUGCGGGCAUAUUUCCAUAGAAACAAGCCAACUUCCAACUUUGGAGGAGAGAGAAUGGUUUGCUAAAAGGUUUGAAGAGCUAAAGCAAGAAGCAUUUACACCUGAAGAGAAAAAGCACUUGUGCAAACUGAUGCUGGAGUCCCAGGAGUUUGAUCACUUCUUGGCCACCAAGUUUGCCACAGUGAAGCGAUAUGGUGGUGAAGGAGCAGAGAGCAUGAUGGGCUUCUUCCACGAGCUGUUCAAGAUGUGUGCGUACAGCGGGGUCACAGACAUCAUCAUUGGAAUGCCUCAUCGAGGCAGGCUUAACCUGCUCGCAGGCUUACUGCAGCUUCCUCCUGAGCUCAUGUUCCGCAAGAUGCGUGGUUUGAGCGAGUUCCCAGAGAAUUCAGCAGCCAUUGGGGACGUUCUCUCCCACCUGACAUCCUCUGUAGAUCUGGACUUUGGCUCCCACAGACCUGUGCAUGUCACCUUGCUCCCCAACCCCUCACACUUAGAAGCCAUCAACCCAGUGGCUGUGGGCAAGACACGAGCCAGGCAGCAGACUCUGCUCGAUGGUGAUUACUCCCCAGAGAGUUCUGCACAGCCUGGGGACAAAGUUAUUUGCCUGCAGGUUCAUGGUGAUGCUGCUUUCUCUGGGCAAGGGAUUGUUCCUGAAACACUGACCCUCUCUAAUCUACCACAUUUCAGAGUUGGUGGGAGCAUCCAUUUGAUUGUUAAUAACCAGCUGGGCUAUACCACUCCUCCAGAGCGAGGAAGGUCAUCUCUGUACUGCAGUGACAUUGGUAAAAUCGUUGGAUGUGCAGUAAUCCAUGUGAACGGGGAUGAUCCUGAGGAAGUUGUCCGUGCCACACGACUGGCGGUGGAGUACCAGCGCCACUUCCGCAGGGACGUCAUUGUGGACUUGCUGUGCUACAGGCAGUGGGGCCACAAUGAGCUUGAUGAGCCCUUCUUCACCAACCCCAGCAUGUACAAAAUCAUCAGGUCCCGUAAGAGUAUCCCGGACACGUAUGCAGAACACCUCACAGCUGCUGGGCUCAUGACUGAGGCUGAAGUGGCUGAGAUAAAGACCACGUGCUAUUCCAAGCUGAAUGAUCACCUUGCCAACAUGACUUCAUACAGCCCACCCCCUACCAACCUGCAGGCUCACUGGAAAGGCCUUGUGGAGCCUUCUGCCUCAAUCACCACCUGGGACACGGGCAUGCCUGUGCCUCUGCUGCAGUUCAUUGGGGCCAAGUCUGUGGAGGUGCCUGAAGAGCUCCAGAUGCACAGCCAUCUCCUUAAGACCUAUGCUCAGUCAAGAAUUCAAAAAAUGGAGGAAGGAAAAAAGCUGGACUGGGCAACAGCUGAAACUUUAGCAUUUGGUUCUCUGCUGAGCCAAGGGUUUAAUAUCAGACUAAGUGGACAAGAUGUUGGCAGAGGAACCUUCAGCCAACGACAUGCGAUGCUGGUUUGCCAAGAGACAGAUGAUACCUACAUUCCUCUGAAUCACAUGUCCCCAGACCAGAAGGGUUUCCUAGAGGUGAGUAACAGUCCCUUGUCUGAAGAAGCUGUGCUUGGUUUUGAAUAUGGAAUGAGUAUUGAGAGCCCUAAGUUACUCCCAAUUUGGGAAGCUCAAUUUGGAGAUUUCUUUAAUGGAGCCCAGAUAAUAUUUGACACAUUCAUCUCUGGAGGUGAGGCUAAAUGGCUUCUGCAGAGUGGGAUAGUGAUUCUUCUUCCCCAUGGCUAUGAUGGCGCAGGCCCUGAGCACUCGUCCUGCCGGAUGGAACGGUUCCUACAGAUGUGUGACAGCUCAGAAGAGGGUGUUGAUGGUGACCAGGUCAACAUGUCAGUUGUGCAUCCCACCACCCCAGCACAGUAUUUCCAUUUACUCCGGAGGCAGAUGGUCCGAAACUUCAGGAAACCUCUCAUUGUUGCUUCUCCCAAAGUGUUACUCAGGCUUCCAGCUGCUGUAUCAAGUUUUGAAGAAAUGGCCCCAGGGACAACAUUCAAGCCUGUCAUUGGUGACUCCUCAGUAGAUCCUAAAAGUGUCACCCAAGUGGUGCUGUGUUCUGGAAAGCAUUACUAUGCUCUGGUGAAGCAAAGAGAAACACUGGGAGAGAAGCAGCGCAGCACAGCUAUUCUGAGACUUGAAGAGCUCUGUCCUUUCCCUCUGGAAGCUCUACAGCAAGAGCUGAGCAAGUACAGCCAUGCAAAAGUCUUCAUCUGGAGUCAGGAAGAACCCCAGAACAUGGGUCCAUGGUCCUUUGUGUCUCCACGAUUUGAAAAGCAGCUGGGGCUUAAGCUCCGUCUUGUGAGCAGACCUCCUCUACCUGCCCCAGCAGUUGGCAUUGGAACCCUCCACAACAAGCAGCAGGAAGAUGUUCUGACCCACACAUUUAUCUAAGUGUUCAAUGGAUGAACUGCUCCUGAUGUCAGUCAUGUUUAGUGUCUCCUCCUGUGAAGAACAAAAGCCAGAUCCUGAAGACUCUAGUUCUCCAAAAUGGAAAAAAAAAAAAGGUGGAAUAAGUUUGGUAAUGAUGAAGCAAUUUUUUCAUGUUGGGGCAUACCUAACAAUGAGAAGUGCCUGUUACUCCUGAUACUUCUUUUUCGCUUACACAAUUUUCUACAAAAUGUCUUUAUAAAGUUAAAAAUCCAGUCCAGGGGACAGUGGUGAGGUGACUGUGGAAUACCUUAAAUCAUGCUGCUUAUUUGUACUUGACAGUUUCCUGAGAUGGUGUGUGUGUGGAAACAGGUUCUGUUUCUUCUCUUUCUACAGAAAUAUUAGUACUGCUUGAUCAAGUAAAUGCUUCCCCAUGUCUGGGAAUGAGCCAUUUCUAUAGCAGAAUGUUGUGGAUUAUCUUUUUUCUUUCCUUGAGGGCCAGGAAUGCAAUCUGUUGUGGCUGUUAGUGCUCUUCUCAGUGUAUGAGUUGUUAAAGCAGAAUUUCUAUUGGAGGGACCAUGCAGGAUAGCUCCUGAAGGCUUCAGGCACCACUGUUCUUCUCACCAAAGGGUGAGAAAUCACAAGGAAUGGUUUCAGCACAGCUGUCAUCUGGAGAAAGAAAAGAAGUCAGUCUUUAUCGAGAAACAAAGGAUAAAGGACCAAAACAUUGAGGUUAAGUGGGAGACUAAUGAAACCAAAUGGAAGACAGGCAUCCCAGGCUGACCCCAGUGUUGAGUGCCCCACAGCAGCAUUCUCACCACCACAGGAUUUCUCCCAGCAUUUUUCCUUUCCUGGUUUCAGGGUGAAUUGGCACCUCCUUGCUCUUCUCAGUUACCUGUGCAAGCAAUGCUUAAGUAAUCCAAGCUCAUUGUGAGCCAGAGACAUUUCUGAAAAGAAACAAGUGGGGUUUAACCAGACCCAGCACUCGCAGAUGGAAAGUCAUGGUAGGUGAGAAAAAGCAGGACACAGGCAGGGUGUCCAGUCACUUGGGGAGAUGGCUCCCAAAUUCAUCUCUGAAGCCCGCUUUAGUAUUUCAUCCUAGUUAAUUGACAUAUUCAUUCAUUAACUCCAUAUGACCAGAAGUUACCUCUGUUCUCUGAUGUUUCACAUCACUGCUUUAGCGCAUCCAUCACAUCACAUCCUGAUUGCUCUAGCAAACUACACAACCUCCUGCACAUCCUGAACAGCUUUAUCUAAUCAAAGCAUAUUCUGCUUUAAAUUUCUGCUGAUAACUAGAAAAAGGAGGCUGAAGAGUACCAUUGCUUUGGCUGCAGCUGUAGCCAAGGAAGUUGUAGAGCACAAUCACCAGCCUUGACUGCACACUGAUGAUUACAUAAACCCACAGUUUUAGUGCACACAAGGGAAGAACAGACCCCAUGUUUUGAGUUUCACGUGGCCCAAACUUGACCUUGUUACACACCAUUCCCCCACAGGCUGUGCAGGUCUGGUUAUCCGACCAAAUAAAGGAUGCUCAAGUGUUCUGACCCUGUUUAAUCCUCGUGGUAGGAUACAAAACUAUUUCUGCAGUGCUGCUUGGCUCCAUGUCCCCAGCCCCAUCGGUGUGCCAUGGAGCUCCCCAGGGAUCCUGGGGUAGGAAGGGAGAGCUUUAGCAUUUCCUCAGUCAGCUGACACACACUGCCUGCAGAACACUGCUCUUGUGUGAUGGAUAACAGCUCCCAGGAGCAAGGCAAAGUGUGUGCUGACUGAGGGGCUGACACUGUUUCUCCCAGCAAUUCUGGAUGCACACAUUCCAUCUGUGUGCCUUGCUGUUCCCUGCAUGCUGGCUGGGACAUCCUGCACACUGCUGGAUUGCUUUUGCUUUGGGGAAAAGAGAAGCAGAAAUUAGAAGUGACCCACAAGGACUGAGUCCAGCUCCUGGCCCUGCACAGGGCACCCCAAGAGUGACAGCAUGUGCCUGAGCUGCUGCACAGGCUGAGUGAGCGGUAACAGAGCAGCUCCCAGUCCUUUGUCAGGAAGUUCAGUGGAUCAUUAACACAAGGAGAAGUGAGCCUUUAUCUGCUGUUAGGUACAAGGAGCUAACUAGAGAGAGAGAGUUACAGGAUUUGUGCAUUGUGGCGUGUCAGGAUUUUCAGAGAGAAGUACAAGUACAAAGGAAAAAAAUAAAGACAUGGAAGGAAUGAGCUGUUGAGCAGUUCAUUAAAGGCAGCAAAAGCUCUCAGAAAGAAAACACACCAGGAAAACGUAUUAAAACAAGUAUUUAGUAGCACUGAUGUUAGUUUGGAUUUAAAAAAUACAGUCUGAACUUUGAAGAUGAACAGUUCUGAACACAGUGGUAUUUUGAAUAAGCAAAGAAAACAAUACUGCAUUUUUAUUUUUUUGCUUCUGUCAGUGAAGAAGGUGACAUAGAAACACCUGAAGUGGUGUAUCUGUGUCAGUAUGGACUGAAGAAACCUCCUGGACCUUUUAUCAAUCACCAAAACAGUGGCCAGUGACUUAGAGAGAGAAACUGUAAUUUAAUUAACUUCUCAAAUAAGUAUGGCUAAAAAUCUGAACAAAGGGUGAUUACAACAAACUUCCUGAAGCUUUGCUACUAAUACAGUUAUUAUUUGAAGAUUGUGAUCUACAAGUACACUGCCAGGCACGUUAAUCAUGGGCAUUUGUCACACUGUACAAGAACUCUAGGUGAAAGUAAUUGCUAUGGAGUUGCUCAUUAGCAUUUGUUAAGUUAUGAGUAUAUAAAACUAUACGAGUAUAAAAAACUUUUCUAAGUGAUUUCAGAUAAGGGAAGCUAUUGAACAAAGUUGUUUAGGUAUUGUAGCAAGGUCUCAGUUAAGAGGAUUUCUUAGGGAAUGCAGGGUGCAAUCCAAAAUAUAGAUUCAAACGUUUUGGGAGGAGUCCUAAUGCUUCACACACUUUGUGUUCUCUUUUGGUAACUUAGCCUAAUACAGGAAGAAUUCAAACUUGUGCAUCAGAUCAGGUAUUCAGAAGGAAUAAAUACUGUUUUUAAUGGUCAUAUCUAAAUCUUGCAGUAAAUUCUGAUGAUCCUAAUUUUAUAUGCCACUGGCUGUUGUAACUGAGAGCUCUGUAGGUGUGAUUCUUGUUUUGGUGAUUGUGGGAUGAUAUUGGAAUAGGUUUCCAGGUUCACUUCAGAGAAUCACAGAAUCACAAAAUCAAUUAGAUUGGAAAAGACCUUCAAAACCAUUGAGUCCAACCUAUACUGGUCACCAUCUUGUCAACCAAACUGGGCACUGAGUGCCACAUCCAGGCUUUCCUUAAACACCCGCAGGGACAGUGACUCCACCAGCUCCCUGGGCAGCCUAUUCUAAUCUAAUCUAGUGUCUAAUCACCCCUUCUGUGAAGAAAUUCCUACCAAUGCUCAACCUAAACCUCCCCUGUUGCACCUUGAGGCCAUGUCCUCUCCCCCUGGAGCAGAGCCCAACCCAUACAUGGCUGCACCCUCCUGUCAGGGAGUUGUAGGGAGUGAUAAAAGCAGCCCAAGCCUCCUUUUCUCCAGGAUGAACAAUCCCAACUCCCUCAGCUGAUCCUCAUGGGACUUGUGCUUCAGACCCUUUCCCAGCUCUGUUGCCUUUCUUUGGACAUUCUCCAAUGUCCCAAUGUCCUUUCACCCUGUGAAAUUAUCACAUCCACCUGUCAGUACGGGUGGAUUGGGCUUGUGAAAAAU